UUAUCAACACACAUGGAAGCCAUCUCUUUUCCACAUCGAAUUUUGCUAAUUCUUCCACUUUCAACACUUACUCCGGCCUUGAUGAGACUAUGCUUUCAACAAACCGUCUGCGAUUCUCCGUAAGAAAUGGAUAGCAUGGAGAUCUUCGACGAACUCGCUCGCUGGGCGCACGAUCAAGGUGUCGAACUCAACGGUGUCGCGCCACGCUCAUUACCCGGCAGGGGCAUCGGUAUUGUAGCUACCAAACCGCUCAGGGCCAACGAUCAAAUUCUCCAUGUCCCAGCAUCCGCCCUUCGUACCCUUGACACCGUCCGGGCCGAAGUAAAAGAGUCACUGCCCAAGGGGACCAAAGUGCAUGCCAUCCUAGCUGCCGACCUGGCACUGGACAAGCCGACCUCCCAAUACGCCCCCUGGAACGCGGUGCUUCCCUCGCGCGAGUCCGUCUCGACGCAUCUCCCCUUAGCCUGGAACGACCGCGCUUUGCACCGCUACCUCCCCAAACCCGCCCAGGCGCUGCUCAACAAGCAGCAAUCCAAAUUCACGCGCGACUGGACCGCCAUCCAACAAAGCGCCCUAGCCGCCUCCAUCCCCAAGCAGGAUGACUUUCUCUACUUCUGGCUGCUGACCAACACCCGCACCUUCUACCACGAUUCCGCGCAGACGGCCAAGCUGGCUAAGGACGACCGCAUGGUCCUGCAGCCGGUCGCCGACCUGUUCAACCACGCCGACGCCGGCUGCGAGGUCGCCUUCACCGCGGAAGGCUUCACCAUCACGGCCGACCGGGAGUACGACGAGGGCGAGGAAGUGUACAUCUGCUACGGCAAGCACUCCAACGAUCUCCUGCUGGUCGAGUACGGGUUCGUGCUGGCCGACAACCGGUGGGACGAGGUCUGCCUGGACGAUGCGGUGCUGCCGGAGCUGAGUCGGCAGCAGAAGGCCGUGCUGGACGAGAGGGGGUUUCUGGGCAACUACGUGCUGGACCAGAGGACGGUGUGUUACAGAACCCAGGUGGCGCUGAGGUUGUCGUGUGUGCCGGUCGGCAGGUGGGAGAGGUUGGUUUACGAAGGGGAGGAUGGCGGGGAGGUAGUGCAGCAGGAGGUUGACAGGCUGCUGGUGAAGAUCUUGCGGAAGUAUCGCGGAAAGGUAGAAGACACGAUCCAGAAGUUGGAGGACCUCGAGGACUGUCAGUCUUGGCAGCGAGAAGUCUUGAGCUUGAGGUGGCAGCAGAUUAGGCGUUUGGUAAACCAGACAAUUGAGCGCCUCGAGGCUUGACGUUCCAUACUUGGAUACCCCUUGGGCAUCCACUACGGCACGGGAAAUAAUGCAUAACUGGACUCGAAGGCUGGCCCAUUC